AUGACCGCCCGCCUCACCCCCCUCUUCAUCCUCCUGGGCGUCCUCCUCGUCCUCGCCGGCAUCGGCUACGUCGCCUACUCCAUCGUCCAGGACAUCUCGCGCCACACGCGCUCCAAGAUGGAAGGCAAGAACGUCCUGGUCACCCGCGAGGGGAUGAAGGUGGGCGUCCGCGAGGUCAAGGAGGAGGAGUAUGUGGAUCGGAGUCAGAGCAUCCUCGUCAACAUGUGGAAUCACACCUCGUUCCCCGCGUACAAGAGUCGCUUCUGGGAUAUGACCAAGCCUACGAAUUGGGGGCAGGAGAGUCGGGUCGCCGAAAGUAGUAAGCGGAAGUGACUGACUGCCCUGGCGAGGCGGAUGAGGGGUUGGAGGGAGCAGCAGCAGCAGCAGCAGCAGGAAAAGAAGAGGUGCUGUCGUGAUUUUUGAGCGAGCAACAACAUGAAUAACAGCAUCGCGGUUUUGUACUCUAAAAUGGGUAUGCUGUGCUUUACCUUGCCUUGUAUUAGGGAAGGGUGGAUGAUGUAUGCAUUAUGUUGACCCUUGCUACCCUUUCUCGCCCGAAAGGAGGGCAAGGGCG